GGCACCACUCACAUCUGGACGUCAGACGGGGACUCAAGUGCGCCAGCAACGUCAAGGAAAUUAUCGAUUUUCGCAUGUGAAGUGAAAAAAAGUGACUCCGUUGGCAAAAAUAUUGUAGCUAACGAAUUUCGAGGGGAAAUCCCAGAAAAUCCUCAUAUAGUAUCCGACUUAUCGAGGACACAACCCGUGAGCCAGCCUGUAGUUGUGGGCGUGGCAGCUGGCCGGAGCCUCUUCUUACCGAGAAGACAUGGCGGACAGCGAAUUCGAGGAGUUCCACAGGCCCAUAUUUGAGCCCCACACAAUUGCUGGCUUCGGAUCGGUUGCAGGCAGCAAGAAAAACAAUCCCCAUGCAUUUUACUCUCUAAUUCCCAACGAUGACCUGGAGGAUUCGCACUCCUCGAAGAGCGACGGCGAUGGCGAUGGCUCCGAUCAGGAGGAUGGCGUUGGCCUGGUGGAUCACGAGCCCAAGCUGCGCCAAGUGGAGGACGACGAGCUGGGCGACGGCCUGAAGGUCACUCUGUCCUCGGAUGGCUCGCUGGACACCAACGACUCCUUCAACUCGCACCGACAUCAUCCGUUGAACCACCAGGAUGCCAUCGGUGGCUUCCUGGGCAUGGACACCAGUGGCCUGGGUGGCAAUAGUGCUCCUGUGACCAUUGGAGCUAGCACGGAUCUCCUUGCUCCCAAUUCGGCUGCAACGCGACGGCGUCGCAAGUUGCCUGAAAUACCCAAAAAUAAGAAAUCUUCCAUUCUGCAUCUUCUAGGUGGCUCCAACUUUGGCUCCCUGGCAGAUGAGUUCCGCAAUGGAGGCGGGGGGAUCAUCGGAGGCGGAGGAGGAGCUCCGCCCUCAGCUCGAACUGGUCAGCAGCGAUCGUUCCUGUCGCUCAAAUGCGGAUACUUGAUGGACGAGGACUCCAGUCCGGAUUCGGAGCGGAUGCAGAGCCUCGGGGAUGUGGACAGUGGCCACAGCACGGCGCACUCGCCGAACGACUUCAAGAGCAUGUCGCCGCAGAUCACAUCCCCCGUUUCGCAGUCUCCCUUCCCGCCCCCCUUUGGGGGCGUGCCCUUUGGCCAGCUGGAGAUGCUGGAGGCCACCCACCGUGGCCUGCACAAGUUUGUGCCGCGGCACCACGACGAGAUCGAGCUGGAGAUCGGCGACGCCAUCUAUGUGCAGAAGGAGGCCGAGGACCUGUGGUGCGAGGGCGUCAAUCUGCGCACCGGUCGCCAGGGCAUCUUCCCAUCGGCCUACGCCGUCGACCUGGACUACAACGAGUUCGAUCCCACUGUGCAGCUGGUGAAGAAGGAGCGCUACCUGCUGGGCUACCUCGGUUCUGUGGAGACGCUGGCGCACAAGGGCACCGGAGUGGUCUGCCAGGCGGUGCGCAAGAUCGUCGGGGAGUACGGCAACUCACCCACCGGACAGACCUGCAUCCUGGAGGUCUCCGACCAGGGACUGCGCAUGGUGGACCGAUCGGGCCCAAAUCAAAACAAAAAGGACAAGAAGCCUUGCAUCGACUACUUCUACUCCCUGAAGAACGUCUCCUUCUGCGCCUUUCACCCUCGCGAUCACCGCUUCAUUGGCUACAUCACCAAACAUCCGACGGUGCAGCGGUUCGCCUGUCACGUCUUCAAGGGAUCCGAGUCCACCAGGCCGGUGGCCGAGGCAGUGGGUCGUGCUUUCCAGCGAUUCUAUCAGAAAUUCAUUGAAACUGCUUAUCCCAUCGAGGACAUCUACAUUGAGUAGGCUUGCAAGGGCGGUUUUCGCUUCUAGAUGGAAGAAUUCAUUAAUCAAUACGAUAUAUUUUUUGUGCGGUUAUUACGAAUAAAACAUAAAAAGGAAAAUCUCAAGAAAUAUUUGCUCUUCUUCAAAGAGAAUCUUAAAAUAAAUUCAAUAAGCUCGCAAUAGAAACCCUAGCUAUAAAUUUGUAUUAUUUAACCGUUCCUAAAAAUUGUGCAAGAUCUUAGUCAUGUAAAUAGUUACCCUUGGUUCAAAACUCCCACUUGAAACUCAAGCUUAAAGCAAUCAGCAAUAGAUGCCCUUUGUAGGAACACCCUUUAUACACGAGUACACAACAUAUAGACAAAUGCACAACCAAUAACACACGAUAAGUUGAAAUCCCUGUAACAUUUUCCUAAGAGCUCCCAUUUCUUCAAAGGCAGUAGCUCAGUUGGGUCAGAUAUUAUUAAUUCAAAUUGGUUCUACAUAUAUAGUAUCCACUGUGACCACAUCCUGAUCCUGGCAAAGCACAAAAUAGAGUGAGGCCAAAGUAAUUUAGAGAACUUCGUGUAACUUUAGUUUAGUUAUGUUAAUCUUUCAGUUACGAGACUCAACAAUAUCGAACACCAGCUGCUACAUUUUCAAGUAUUCCCAAUUAAAGCUCAGUUCUAAGAUGUGUAAACCUAUAAAGUUGUAUACAAGCAGACGAAUAUAUACUGUAUAUG